AUGGCUCCACCAUCCAGCUACAGACAUGCAGUCGAGUCGGAUGAGAAAGAACGGAUGUUGGUGGACAUUGAUGACCAUAUACUAGAGAAGAAUCUCUUUGUUCGCCGUCACCAACAAAGAACUCGGCGAUGGGGCUGGGCGACGCGGGCUGCCGUGAUGGGCGCCUUGAUAUUUGGGUUCACUCUCUUGAGGAACAAGUCCGUCAACGAAGCUCCCUUGCGCCCUCGAACUGGCACUGCUCAGCAGCUCUGCCAGUCCCCCGAAUGUCUACACGCCGCCUCCGAGAUCCUCUAUAACCUCGACCCCAACUACGACAAGAUCGACCCCUGCACUGACUUUGAUCAGUAUGUCUGCGGUGGCUGGCGCGAGCGCCACGACAUGCGCCCCGACCAGGGAUCAAUAUUCUCCGGCACAAUCAUGGCGGAGAAUGCGCAAACCCGCCUCCGCCAUAUUUUGGAGCGAUCAGAACCCCCACAGCCUGCUGAUAAAGACAAUUUCCAGAAAAUCAAGGCUGCAUACGAUGCUUGCUUGGAUGAAACCGCCAUCAGUAAACGUGGCACCGAGCCCGUGGAUAAAAUGCUGGCCCAGCUUGAGAAGAUCUAUCCUGCGAAGACUGGAGAUGACCCGAACCAUUUGACAGACGUAGUGUUGUACCUCAUGAAAUCGGGUGUAGAUGCUCUCACCUCACUCGGUGUCAGUCCUGAUGAUCGGGACCCUGAUAAUCUGGCUAUCUUCGUGACGCCUCCUCGAGAAAUCGGACUUCCCGCACGAGAGUUUUACAAUGAUACCAAGACCGUCGCCAAGUACACCGACGUUGUUCAACAGGUUCUUGGAGAAGUUGCCGGAAACAACAACGCUAAAGAUGUUGUUUCUUUCGAAACGAAACUCGCACGUGUGACUCCGGAUACGCAGACGCAGGAAGAUGUCACCAAAUAUUACAAUCCGCUUAGCCUCGAAGAAACCAAAUCGCUACUGCCGGCCAUAUCAUUUGCCGAUAUACUAUCAGAGCUGGCACCGUCUGGCUAUAAAGGUGACCGUUUGAUCGUCGGCUCUCCGUCAUAUAUGAAGUCCCUAUCCGAGAUCUUGAAAGACACUUCUCGGGAGACCAUUCUGGCUUUUUUCAAAUGGAAAGUCAUCCAGUCGUUCGUGGACACCAUCGAAGACCCGAAGAUCACACCCCUUCGACGGUUUAAGAACGAGCUCGCAGGGAAAGACCCGUCUGCCUCGGAGGAACGAUGGCGCAAGUGUGUCCGACGUCUGGACUCAGGGCUCGGCUGGACGCUCAGCCGAUUUUACGUGCUAGAUUCCUUCUCCGAAGAAUCCAAACAGCUUGGAGACAAAAUUGUUUCUGACAUCAAGGAGCGAUUUGUUUUCACCCUGGACCAAACUGGAUGGAUGUCUUCAGACGUUCGCAAGCUGGGCAUCCAGAAGGUCGAGAACAUUGUCCAGAAGAUCGGUUACCCUACCAAGAGCCCCAACGUGACGGACCCCGAGGAUGUGAAGAACUACUAUAAUGAUCUUGACGUGUCCAAGGAUACCUUUUUCGAGAACGAGAUAGCUGCGAAGCGAUUCCAGCUCCGCAAUGAGUGGGCUAAGCUUGGUAAACCCACGAAUCGCGAUGAAUGGGACAUGACCGCACCGACGGUCAAUGCCUAUUACAACCCGCCCGGGAACGAGAUCGUUUUCCCUGCUGGCAUCAUGCAGCCCCCGGCGUUCUACGGUCCCAAUGCUCCCUUGUACUUGGCGUACGGUGCGUUCGGGGCCGUGAGUGGCCAUGAGCUUUCCCACGCAUUCGAUUCCACUGGUCGCCACUAUGAUGAAACGGGGAACUACACCAACUGGUGGGAUGAUAAGACCGUGAAAGCAUUCGAGGAGCGCGCCCAGUGCUUCGUCGACCAGUACUCGAACUUCACCAUCCCCGGGCCCGGCGACAAGCAGCUCCACGUCAACGGCCGAUUGACGCUUGGCGAAAACAUCGCCGAUGCCGGCGGCCUCUCUGCCUCGUUCCAUGCGUGGAAGAAACGCGACGAGUCCAAGCCCGACGCAAAUCUGCCGGGUUUGGACUCCUUUAGCAAGGAACAGCUCUUCUUUAUCUCGUACGCUAACUGGUGGUGCGGCAAGACGACCCGGGAGGCGGCGGAGCAGGCCAUCUACAACGACCCGCAUGCGCCCGUGUCGGCGCGGAUCAUCGAAACCAUGGCCAACUCGCGCGAGUUCAAGGAUGCGUUCCAGUGCCCGGAGAAGGAGCCGGCGUGCAAGCUGUGGUAA